UCACGACUCGCGACACGGGGGAGAGCCUGGUGCCUCGGCGCCGCGCACGCACACACGCACGCACGCACGCACGCAUGCACGCGCGCACGCACAUGCGUGAACGGCGCGACGGCGGCGCGUGGACAUGCGUGCGAUUUGCUGAUCGCCUUUACUGUGGACGGCGCGCGGUACCAACGAGCCACCGGGAGCCACCGAGGGCGAGUUUUCGCCGCGCCGGAGCCCACGCGGCAUGGUAAUCGCGCGGCAGUCGCGCCAAUUUCGAUUUCCGCCGAUUUACAGCGCGAGGUGCGGCCCCGGAAAUCCCGAAAGAUCGCGGAAGCGCGCGCCGGUCUCCCGCGAGUAACCUGUGCGGAAUCGGAGAAAGAGAGAGAGAGAGAGAGAGAAAAAAAACACGGGUUCUCGAAGCCGCCGUAUUUUCGACGAGUUUGCGUGCUGAGAACGCUGCGGUAAACAACAUGUCCCUAUGUUUACCCGCGUAACAACGGGAAUACGACAGUGACACUGACAGUUGACAGCUGACAGGAGUCUGUCGCCGCAUCCUCCAUCGGGUCGUCAGUCGGCGCGACGAGGCGUCCAAAUAAUGACUCAAAACUCGCUCCGAGAGAUACGGGGCGCCAGUCGUAGACUACAUAUUUCGGCCGGCGUAGCCGCGAAGGAGAGACAAGCGUUUCGCGCGUCGUAACGAGAUAAUCGCUCCCGUUCUCGCGGACAAUUGCGUCGGGAAAAGGGGGUCCUUCCUCCUCUCUUUAAUUCGCCUCGGUGCAGGGAUUCGACUGGAGGAUGUUGCUGUCCGGAGCGUGGUUCGAGACGAUCGCAGCGGCGCUCUUCGCGGUCCUGGUGCUGGCUACCGGCUACCGUCCACCCUGGUGGUUCUGGACCAGGAACUACAACGUGAACGCCGAUGCAGGCGACAACGGCAGGAAGUUCAAGACAGCGCGCGACGUGCCGGGCCCGUUCGCUCUGCCGAUUUUGGGCACUAGGUGGAUAUACUCCCGCUUUGGCCACUACCGCUUGAAUAAGAUCCACGAAGCGUAUAAAGAUCUGAAUCGGCGAUACGGGCCGCUGUGCAAGGAGGAGGCGCUGUGGAACUGCCUCGUGGUCUCCGUCUUCUCCCGUCGCGACAUCGAGGCUGUCCUCAAGCGGCGCUCGAGGUACCCGCUUCGUCCUCCGCAGGAGGUCAUAUCCCACUACCGGCACUCCCGGCGCGAUCGUUACACCAACCUUGGUCUGGUCAAUGAACAAGGCGCGACAUGGCAGAAGCUUCGGGCCGCCUUAACGCCGGAGCUCACCGGUGCCGGUACUGUAUUUGGCUUCUUCCCGGCGCUCAAUAUCGUCACCGACGGAUUCAUCGACCUAAUCCGCGAGCGUAGAGCGAGCCGUUUCACCGUGAGAGGCUUCGAAGAACUCGCUUACAGAAUGGGGCUCGAGAGUACGUGCACGCUGAUCCUGGGACGUCACUUAGGCUUCCUAAGACCGGAUUCCAACAGCACACUUACAAUGAGAUUAGCGGAAGCGGUCAGGAUUCACUUCACGGCCUCGCGCGACGCCUUUUACGGCAUGCCGCUUUGGAAGCUGCUACCGACAUCCGCGUACAAGCAGCUAAUAGAGAGCGAGGACACUAUAUACAACAUUAUCUCGGAUCUCGUAGAGACGACCAUGUUGGAGAAGCAGGACGACGCCAGAGACGAGUCCAUCGAGGCGGUGUUCCUCUCCAUUUUGCGGCAAAAAGAUCUCGAUAUGAGAGAUAAGAAAGCUGCUAUAGUGGAUUUCAUAGCGGCAGGAAUACACACACUAGGCAACACGCUGGUGUUUCUUUUCAACUUGAUUGGCCGUAAUCCUGAAGUGCAAGAAACUCUUUACAACGAGGCGCGUACCUUGGCGCCUCCUGGUUGCGAUCUCACGGUAGACGAUUUGCGAAAGGCCAAGUACUUACGCGCGUGCAUCACAGAAUCCUUCAGAAUCGUACCCACGACGCCCUGCAUAGCCCGUAUACUAGACGAGUCUAUAGAGUUGGGAGGAUAUCGUCUAGAUCCCGGAACAGUGGUAUUAUUGCAUACAUGGAUAGCCGGAUUGAGUGACGAUAAUUUCAAAGACGCGUCCAAGUGUUUGCCAGAAAGAUGGCUGAAACCCAUGGCACCCCACUCGCCACUGUUGGUGGCCCCUUUCGGGGCAGGUAGAAGAAUAUGUCCGGGUAAACGUUUCGUAGAGCUUGCGCUGCAACUUAUUCUAGCAAAGAUCGUUCGGGAAUUUGAGAUCGUCGUCGAGGAAGAGCUCGGCUUGCAGUUCGAAUUUAUCUUAGCUCCGCAAAGUCCCGUGUCGCUCGGGUUUCGAGAUCGUGAGUCGAGGGCUGGGAUGACUUGAUUUUUAUGCGCG